AUGGUCGGUGAUGGCGUCAAUGAUGGCCCUGCACUGGCAGCAGCAGAUGUUGGAGUAGCUGUUGGCUCGGGUGUUGACGUGUCUACUGAAGCCGCCCAUGUGGUUAUCCACAGCCUCAGAGGCUUAGCGCCGUUCAUCGAACUCUCGAGGCAAACACUAAAGACUAUUUGGCGUAAUCUCUUCUGGGCUUUCAUAUUCAACAUUAUUAUGCUGCCCUUGGCUGCCGGUAUUCUGUAUCCCUCCACUGGCAUUACUCUCCCUCCCGAGGUGGCAGGAGCAGCCAUGGCAUGCAGCUCUCUAGUGGUCGUCACCAACUCUCUCAGCAUUCAAUAUUGGACUAAGUCGAGGUAUGGCCACGAUGAGCAACUUACGAAGGCGAUCCGGGAAGCGACAAGUGGCCAGGCUGGGAAGGAGUGA